AUGUUAGCGGUGGGGGCCAUGGAGGGCACCCGGCAGAGCGCGUUCCUGCUCAGCAGCCCACCCCUGGCCGCCCUGCACAGCAUGGCCGAGAUGAAGACCCCGCUGUACCCCGCCGCGUACCCCCCGCUGCCCACCGGGCCCCCCUCCUCGUCCUCCUCCUCGUCCUCCUCCUCGUCGCCCUCCCCGCCUUUGGGUGCCCACAACCCAGGCGGCCUGAAGCCCCCAGCUGGGGGGGGGCUCUCGUCCCUGGGCAGCCCCCCGCAGCAGCUCUCUGCAGCCACCCCACACGGCAUCAACGACAUCUUGGGCCGGCCCUCCAUGCCCGUAGCCUCGGGGGCAGCCCUGCCCUCUGCCUCGCCCUCUGGUUCUUCCUCCGGGCUGCUGGCCGGCCUGCCCCGCUUCAGCAGCCUCAGCCCGCCUCCGCCGCCACCCGGGCUCUACUUCAGCCCCAGCGCUGCGGCCGUGGCCGCUGUGGGCCGGUACCCCAAGCCGUUGGCCGAGCUGCCCGGUCGGACGCCGAUUUUCUGGCCCGGAGUGAUGCAAAGCCCGCCCUGGAGGGACGCGCGCCUGGCCUGCACCCCUCAUCAAGGAUCCAUUUUGUUGGACAAAGACGGGAAGAGAAAACACACGAGACCCACGUUCUCCGGCCAGCAGAUCUUCGCCCUGGAGAAGACUUUUGAACAAACGAAAUACUUGGCGGGGCCCGAGAGGGCUCGGUUGGCCUAUUCGUUGGGGAUGACGGAGAGUCAGGUCAAGGUCUGGUUCCAGAACCGCCGGACCAAGUGGAGGAAGAAGCACGCGGCCGAGAUGGCCACGGCCAAGAAGAAGCAGGACUCGGAGACCGAGCGGCUCAAGGGGGCCUCGGAGAACGAGGAGGAGGACGACGACUACAACAAACCUCUGGAUCCCAACUCGGACGACGAGAAGAUCACGCAGCUGCUGAAGAAGCACAAGCCCGGCGGCGGCGGCGGCGGCGGCCUCCUGCUGCACGCGUCCGAGAACGAGAGCUCGUCCUGA